GUGACCGUACUUACCGCCUAUUUCUGCCGGUCAAGAUCCGGUACCGCAUCCAGAACAUCAUGAUGCUGUCCUAUUUUGCGAUUAUUUUUCAUCAUUGCUUUCCUCCAGCAAAUUGACUUGAUUAGUCGGUCUCACAGAGCUUUAGGAACGUCACUGGUAUCCAUAAAACCACAAAGGCGCACCCUCAUAUCUCACGGAAAGCCAAUCGCACACCUCCCCUCAUCGCCAAAAAUGUCCUCCGGAUUCGUAUCAGCCGGAACAGACCAAGAGCCGGUAGAACGCGACGAUGAAUGGCUCCGCGUCCAACAAGAACUGGAGGAAGAACGGCGGCGCAAGGCAGAACUAGGCAAGCAAGCCGACGGCAAAAGUCUCUACGAAGUGCUACAGCAGAACAAAAUGGCCAAACAGGAAGCCUUUGAGGAGAAGAUUAAAUUGAAGAAUCAGUUCCGUUCGCUUGACGAGGAUGAGGUCGAGUUCCUGGACUCGAUUAUGGAGUCGACGCGCGCGCAGGAGGCCGCGGUGAAGAAGGAGACUGCUGAGCAGCUUGAAGCUUUCCGGAGACACCGGGAGGAGGCGGAGAAGGUUGCGCUUGAGGAGGGCACUGCGGAUGUUACUCCCACCGCUGAGGGGGAGGAUUGGAAGAUCCCUGCGCGUAAGAGGAGGAGGGAUAAGAAGGAUCUUUUGCUUCCUGGGAAGAAGCGCAAGUCUACCGCUGAAGGUGCGGAGGAGACUGUGUCGACUGAGCAGAAGGCGGAUCAAAAGGACCGAGAUUCCGGAAAAGAUGAGAAGCAGUCUGUUCCGGCUGCAGCUGAUGCUGCUAAAGUUAAGUCACAGCCACCUGUGAACACAGCGACUUCCGCUAGCCCCGUACAGACCGAUGAUGUGAAGGAGACUGAGAAGAAGCAAGUGGCCAAGCCAGCUUCGAUAUCUCUUGGCUUGGCCGGCUACAGUUCCGACUCUGAGUAAUUGUAAUUUCGAUUGCGCAGGGGCCGCGUAUCGCACUCAUUCAUUGUUUGGCCCUGCCUCUGUUAAAUGCUUACAGUACGUGAUUCACGUUGCGGUAUCGACUGGGUCAUUGAACUUUGAACAUGUCUUGCCAGUUAUCACGGGCACUCUACAACCAAGGCUAUGAUGAAAUGAUGAAAGAGUGUGGGACAUUGACAAUCAGAAGGCAUAGUGUUUCAGUUGUUUCAAAAGCAUCCAGAGGA